GUGCGUGCGCACAAAAUCGCAUCGAUGCAUCUGCAGCACCGACGCUACCCCUGCCCUCCGACUCCUCGCUCGAUCCAUCGACGGCAUCGGAAAGGUUUAAAUAAGCUCCGAACGACGACACCGUCACAGUUUUCCCUUGGAAGCCGAAGCGAGCACAUCAGUCGUUGAGCCGUGAUAGAAAGUGAUAGAUUUUGUGUGAAAGAAAAUUCACGGAUUCCCAAGCAAGAUGUUUCAUUUUGUUAAUAGCUUCUCGACGGGCUGUGGUUCGCCCGGAGCCCUCGAAGCAAGCUACGCCGACGAGUUCCCGACCUCCAAUGUGUAUCCUUCGACGUCUUGGCGCGAGUUAGACUCCAGUAUUUCCGACGAGAAAAACAAAUCCAUUUGUUCGAGCGCCGUUGUGGACGGGACGAUGAACGAACCACCAGGAAGCUGCGUGAUUGAGAAAGUUCUGGUUGACAGUGAAAAAGUGCCGGGCAGCCACGACGAAUGCGCAGCGUCGGCAACGGUGACGAAGGACUACGGUACCGAUGACGAAUGGGUAGUCACGCACAUGAGCGACGCUCAGCUUUCUGCGAUGGAAACGGAUCAUGUUAUCGCGAAUACAAACAACUACGCUAGAGGACCGCCAAAAUUGUCCGAAGCGGACAUAAAAUGCAGUAUAUUGAUUCGGCAGACACUGGAACAACAGGCCUUAUUGACACACGAUGCGUUUAUGAAAGCCAGGAUAGAGCAUCUGGAAAAACUCCUUCAUAAGCAGGGCACAGUUACGCCAAGUUCUUUACGAGGCGAAAUUCUGAAGCAGCAUGUCGAGGAUUACACAAAGAACAUGAAAGAGCUGAGCGAUCGGCUCAUUCGUAAUUUGCAUACUCGUUUCAACGACGAACAAAAUAUUAUCGAAGACUGCGCCAGAACGAUUCACGCAAUCGAACUACAAAAAUUCGCUUAUAUGAAAUAUCUGAGUGAAGACGUUCUGACUGCGCUUGAAAAGAAACUGAGAAGUCACAGCAGAAAACUGUAUUUUGUCCAACUCGAGAUUUUGGAGGAGAAGCAAAGUAUGUUUAGCACUCAGCAGCAGUACCAGAAAAUACUAGCUGAUUACAGGCAUUUGGUGCGAGGGGUGGACUCUGUCGAGGAAGAAGAUGAAAUGAAGGCUAUGAUCGACAAGGAAAGGCAGGUAAAAUACGCCGCGAUCGAGAAAAGCCUCGAUAAAAGGGAUAAAGAGUUGAGCGAAAGAGAGGCUGCAUUUACUGCAACGCUCCAACAGACGCAGAGCCUAAACAAAGAAAGAGAGUGUUUGAUGGGCCAAAUUGAAAGAUUGGGCAUUAUGAUUGAAUCAUUGGAGGAUCAAAAAGUGAGGGUGUUGGAUGAAAGACAAUCUAUUGAGGAGGAAAGAGCAAUCUCAGAACGUCAACAACGCACGCAAGAGUGUCAAAUCACAGAGUUGAGGGACGAGGUUCAGCUGCUGAGGAAAAAGUGUAGCGAGUUUGCCGAAGAAAUCGACGCCCUGAAAGACGAGAACGAGAUGCAGCAAAGAGGAAAAAAUAAUUUGCUACGCGAGCGACAGUUCUUGUACGAAACAAGAGUACAUGCCGAUGACCAAAUAGCAUUGCUGAACGUGAAUUUAGAAAUGAUUCGAGAGAGAAACGCUUCGCUGGAAAGUUCACUCAACGUAAAUCGAGAGGAUCUGAAUAAUUUUAAGGCCGAGCUUGCAACCGCACACGAGACGAUCGCUAAGCUGCAACAAGAAAACGCCGAAUACCAAGUGACUGCGAACACAGUCGAAACGUACAAAAUGCUAAUCGACGAACAAGAAAGAGACUUGACGCAAAUGAUCGCAGCCGAGGACAAUUAUUUACAACAGAUAGAGACAUUGUCCAACGAGAAUCGAGAGUAUCGAGAGAAAAUUGAGCGUUUGAGAAAUCAACAAUGAAUUCAGCAACCUCCAACAAAUUAGUAUAAGAAGAUUUAUGUUCCCUGUUUAUUAAAUGAUUUUAAAAAUUGAUCAACCGAAUUUGUACUAAAACUGCACACUCAAAAUUUUACAGAAGUGACCACAUUUUAUACUUUUAUAUCCAAUAAAUACACUCAAUAGCAUUUAAAAAUUA